AUGGGAAGUAGAAGCUUUGGAACAGCACUUGAAAGCAGCAUGGGACAGGUCAGGGAAAAGGAGGAAGAAAUCCACGUAGCAUAUCUUGCAUCGUUAUAGUCUAGCCUUGUAAUGUCCUCAACGUGUACGUUUAUUUGAAGAAACGCUGCUUUCAAUAAAGCGGAUAACGGUGUUCAUAGUGGCGGGGUAAGGCGGAAAACCCGCAUUGGUCUGGUCCUGUUUGCUGAAAGGGAGAGGACUAAAAUGGAGCUGGAAGACGGAGUUGUGUACCAGGACGACCCGGGGACAUCAGCGAUGAUGUCUGAGCGGGUGUCGGGCCUGGCCAACUCCAUCUACCGCGAGUUCGAGAGGCUCAUCGGUAAAUACGACGAGGACGUGGUGAAGGAGCUGAUGCCGCUGGUCGUGGCCGUGCUGGAGAACCUGGACUCGGUGUUCGCGGAGAACCAGGAGCACGAAGUGGAGCUGGAGCUGCUGAAGGAGGACAACGAGCAGCUCAUCACCCAGUACGAGCGGGAGAAAGCGCUGAGGAAACAUGCAGAGGAGAAGUUCAUUGAGUUUGAGGACACUCAUGAACAGGAUAAGAAGGACCUGCAGAACCAUGUGGACAGAAUGGAAUCUCACUCACGGCAACUGGAACUCAAGAUCAAGAACUACGCAGACCAGAUUGGCAGGUUAGAAGAACGUGAAUUGGAGCUAAAGAAGGAAUACAACUCCCUCCAUCAGCGACACACAGAGAUGAUCCAUAAUUAUAUGGAGCACGUAGAGAGGAUCAAAAUGCAGCAGAUUAGUGAGACUUCAGAGUCGAGCACGGCUGGCCGAGUCAGGAGAGAGCGACCUCUUUCUUUGGGGAUUUUCCCAUCAUCUGGUGGGGUGUCUCUGCUCACCCCAGACCUCCAGACCAAGGCAGAGACACUGGGCACAGAGGGCUGGAGGUUCGCCGACCCAACACAACCACGGUCCAACACUAGUCUCAAGCAGUUGGACUUUGUCGACCCCCCAAAGGAAAGGGGGAGUAAGAGUGCGCAGGACUCUACUUGGGGGAAUUCACUGGCAGACGACUGCAAGGAUGAGCUGUCGGACAUCACCGGCUCCAAGUCGGCCACACCAAUGUCCACCACGGCCUCGGACAUGGAGAGGGAAGAUGCGAACAGUAAGAGCACAGAGGUGCAGGCUGCACCUGGGACCAGAUCCAUAUCAGUGGGUUUGCCUGAAAAUGAAGACAACUCAGAUGUGCAGGACAUCAUUGAGUCCACCCCUGAGCUGGACAUGGAUCUCAUUGGAUACAAGUCCUGCAGUACCCCUACUAAAGGCAUUGAGAACAUGGCAUUUGACCGCAAUACCGAGUCUCUCUUUGAAGAGCUGUCGUCUGCAGGCACUGGGCUCAUAGGGGAUGUGGAUGAAGGGGCCGACCUGCUGGUGGAAUACUCUGACCUUAGUUUGAUUGGUAUGGGCCGGGAAGUUGAAAAUCUCAUUCAGGAGAAUUCACAACUGCUUGAGACAAAGAAUGCUCUGAACGUGGUGAAUAAAGACUUGAUAUUGAAGGUGGACGAGUUGACCUGUGAGAAGGAGAUGGUACAGGGAGAGCUGGAGGCUGUGCUGCAGGCCAAGACCAAGCUGGAGGACAAGAACAGAGAGCUGGAGGAGGAACUCAAAAAAGUGCGACUUGAGGUGGAGGAAGUGAAACAUAAAACUAAAGAUGAGGAAGAUAGUGAUGUACCUACAGCCCAGAGGAAGCGCUUCACCAGAGUGGAAAUGGCCAGAGUUCUGAUGGAAAGGAACCAGUACAAAGAGAGACUGAUGGAGCUGCAGGAAGCUGUUCGGUGGACAGAGAUGAUCAGGGCCUCGAGAGAAAAUCCAACACUUACAGAAAAAAAGAAAUCCAGCAUCUGGCAGUUUUUCAGCAGACUGUUUAGCUCCUCCUCCAGUUCACCUUCUAUAAAGAAGGUGGAGUCCCAGUCCAACGUGAAAUACAACUCCCCGGGCAGCCUGGUAAAGAGGAGUAGCACCUUCUCCCAGUUCCCCACAGAGAAGUCCAAGACCUUUGACUUCCUCAAUGAAGAAAAGGAUCAGUGCAGUUCGCCAUCGCGUAAAGAGCAGAAGAGAGCCCAGUACAGACAGGUCAAGGCCCACAUGCAGAAGGAGGAUGGACGAGUCACUGCACACGGCUGGAGCCUGCCCAGCAAAUACAAGGUGGCAAAUGGUGGACAGGUGGAGAACAAAAUGAACUUACCUGUACCAGUAUACUUGAGACCUCUGGAUCAGAAAGAUGCUUCUAUGAAGCUGUGGUGUGGUGCAGAGGUCAACCUGUCUGGGGGGAAGUCAUUACCCACAUCAGAGCUCACUAAGCAGACGAAGGGUUCUCAGAGUAGCCUAGAGCAGUUGGAGCAAGAGAAUAAAUUAAGUAAUGAUCAGGAGAAAGGGGAGCAGGAGAAGGAGCUGGUCCUUCAGGACGAGAUGUCCAGUAGGGUGUGGGUGUGCACCAGCACCCACUCCUCCACCAAGGUUAUGGUGCUGGACGCCAGUCAGCCCUCUGACCUACUUGACAGCUUCUAUGCCUGCAACACCCACGUCGUCUGCAUUGCCAGUGUGCCAGGUGUGUUGGAGACUGAUUAUCCAGCAGGUGAGGAGGUACCCCAAGACCUGGAGGCUAGCCAAGGUGAUGGGGUGUCACUGGCCGGCAGUGUGGCGAGUGUGGGCUCAACAGGCAGCGAUGGUGCCAUGGCAGCAGAGGGGACCACUGCCAUCCCCCAGACAGCCAGCUCAGGUGUCACUGACCAGCUGGCUGAGCACAGCGGCAUCUCUGGCUCAGUUGAGCUGUCCAGAGAGACCAGUCCAGCAGAAGAUGGCGUUCCUACAGCGGAAGAAGCAACAGAAGCGACGGAGGCUAACGCUGGUGUGGGCGAAGAAGGGGAGGAGGACCAGGGAGCGGAUCAAAACCAGCCAGGAAUCUACACGGAGCAUGUGUUCACCGACCCACUGGGGGUGGGACCCACUGACUCUCCUGCUGACACACAGAGUGGCUGCGGGCAGGAUGGUGUGACUUCCUUGCCAGAAGACUCAGACCAAUCAGAGGGGGAAGUCCUGAGGAUGAGCAGCGCCCUCCCCACCAUGUGGCUGGGAGCUCAGAAUGGAUGUUUGUAUGUCCACUCGUCUGUGGCUCGAUGGAGGAAGUGUCUCCAUGCCAUCAAGCUGAAAGACUCCAUCCUCAGCAUAGUACAUGUUAAAGGGAGAGUGCUGGUGGCUUUGUCUGAUGGGACAUUAGCAAUUUUCCACAGAGGCAUUGCAGACGGUCAGUGGGAUUUAACCAACUACCACCUUUUGGAUCUGGGCCGGCCCCACCACUCUAUCCGCUGUAUGACAGUGGUCCAUGACAAGGUGUGGUGCGGCUACAGGAACAAGAUCUACAUCAUCCAGCCUAAGGCCAUGAGGAUAGAGAAGUCGUUUGACGCUCACCCUCGCAAGGAGAGUCAGGUGCGGCAGCUGGCCUGGGUCAGUGACGGUAUCUGGGUGUCCAUCCGACUGGAUUCAACUCUGCGCUUGUUUCACGCCCACACCUACCAGCACCUCCAGGACGUGGACAUCGAGCCCUACGUCAGCAAGAUGUUGGGCACGGGUAAACUGGGCUUCUCGUUUGUGAGAAUCACAGCUCUGAUGGUGUCCUGCAGCCGACUGUGGGUGGGGACAGGAAACGGUGUCAUCAUCUCCAUUCCGCUGUCUGAAGCCAACAAGACAACGGGAAUAGUGCCAAAUCGGCCCGGCAGUGCUGUACGAGUUUACGGUGAUGACAGUUCAGACUGUGCCAUGCCAGGCAGCUUCGUGCCAUACUGCUCCAUGGCCCACGCCCAGCUGUGUUUCCACGGACAUCGAGAUGCUGUCAAGUUUUUUGUCACCGUGCCAGGUCAGGCGAUGCCCCCUCCAGGCAGUGCAGAUUCAGGCUCUGAUGACCCGCCAUCUGAAUCCUCUGACACAGCGAGCUCUGAGCCCAAAACAUACCUUGUCAUGAGUGGAGGCGAAGGCUACAUCGACUUCAGAAUGGGUGAUGAAGGCGGUGAGUUGGACGGUUUAUCAGAGCCAACAGCCAGCCAGCAGUCGGCACCUACCAAGGCCGAACAGAGCCACCUCAUCGUCUGGCAGGUCACAACCUCUCAUGAUUGAAAAAACAAAUUACAAACUGUUGUGUCAACUCCAGGGCCGCCCACCAACCCCUGCAUGCCCUUCUCGAAAUUUUUCAUUUGAUAUUACUGAUUGCCUGAGUAGUUGACUACUUUGUAAAAAAAACAAACAAAAAAACAAUUAUUUUUAGUCCAUGUUUUGUACAGUUUAUUCUUUAUGAAUGCUGAAAUAGGUAAGGUGAGGUUUAUGUUAACUUAAGGAAUACGUCCAAUGGUCCAAGUGUUCCCUUCUGCUGGGUUGCAUGUUGGAAAAGCUGGUACACAGAGGAAAAAGGCCAAGUCAACGUGAAUAAAGGUGUUUGUUUGGGUAAUGUACGGACAUUAGUCGUCUCCCAAAUGUUAAAAAGGGGUUCGAUGUGAAAGAUAAAAGGGAACAGUGCUUGAAGCAUUAAAAACGGAAUUUUUUAGUUGAACUGAAGUAUAUUUUAUAUUACACACAAGACUUUUACAUUUGUGAACCACAUGUCUGUACGUGUGUGAGCAUCAGGUGUGUGUAGGCAUUCACUGAAGUCUUUCCUGUGUUGAGUAUUUUUAUUAUCUUUACCAUCAGAGCAAAGUGUUAAAAUAUGAUACCAAGUCAAAAUGUAUACAGAAUUUCAAAAGGUUAAAUUCUUUGAAUGUGUUUCUGAGGCUGAUAACUCCACUAUAUUGUCUGAUUAUUAGAAAAGCAGCUUGCACGUACCAGUGGUAAAUAAAAUGUGCUUUUAUUCAGCAAAAGCUGUAGGAUGAAACAUUGCUUGAGAAGGUUGUAUUAGUAUUGAAUGAGACCGAGCCCUAUUUGCCACAGGUUUAUGUUUUGUGAUAUGAAUAAUGUCUAAGCAGUUUGGAUACUUAAAGGCUUCCUGUGAAUAGAAGAACCAGCUUACUGUACUGCAGGUUAGCAUUAGCCUGCAUGGGGAAAUCCUGUAUCCUCGUCCAAGUGUGUGCCUGCUUGGACGUUUUAAAGCUAAACCCCCCAUCUGCUGUGUGAGGAAAGUCUGCCUGUGCCACCAGCGUGGUGCUUCCUGUUUGCUUAAGCCCAUUGGCACUUUAAAAAGUUACAUGAGGUUUGGAAGAUACCAUCUAUGUUAAUGUACACAACACUACUAUGUGCUAAUUGUGUGAAGGGAACAAAAUGUACAAAUAUUUCUAGUGAAGUGUCAUCCCAGUAACCAAAGGACGAAUGAAAGAAGAAGCACCGGGAAACAUUUUCAUUAUUUGCAUCUUUUCUAACUUUAAACGUGUUGUGAGUCUAAUAAUUUGAGGUUAUACGUGUGUAUUUUCAGGGUGUCAUCUUAUUGGAAAAUAAGCUUGAAUAAGGGAAUCUGACUAAAUACAACAUUUUUGUGUGGCACCUUCUAAUAGACAAGUACACAGCACUAAAGAGAGUCUCUCCUGAUUGCUUCCUCAUUCCUUGUUAUGUUACAAAUACAUUUGGAGGCCUGGAAGGCUAUUAUUGUCCUAUUUUUUGUUGUUGUUAUUUUGUGCAUCGUGCGUGUUUUGUGCUCAUGUGUGAGACACUGUUAUUAAGUAAUGAGUAUUUCAAUGAUGACUGUAACACGAUAGCAAGAUACCAAUAUUAAGCAGGUGUUUUAAUUUGUUUUUAUAUCUGAAAAGUUGGGCCAGGUUUGGUCUUCAGUCCAUUUCAAAAUAGUAACUUUAUAUUGUGUUUUUGCCAUUACAGUAUUUAUUUCCUUUGUUAUCGAGCCUAUCUUGGUUCAGAAUGUAACUUUUUACAAAUAUAAUAGGAGGCUAUUGUAGAACAAAAUAGUCCAAUGAGUUUACGUGAUUGUUAAUAAUGGUUAAAUAAAAGAAAUUAAUGUAAUCAUGUUGGAAAUUUUUGACAAACCAUGAGAUCAAACUGUGCAAACAAUAACUUGGUGGUUUCGAACAACACAUCCACGUACUAAGCUAUGCAUGUUUUUUUUAAGAGAACACUGCUAAGUUUUCAUCUAAAUCUCUAUUUAUUGCCACCGUUUUGGGUGGGAUGGAUGUCUGUAUGUGAGUUUGUGUGUACAGUACAUGUGUACAUGUAGGAGUUUGUACGCAAGACACCUUUGUCAGUGUGUGUUUGAUUUUGCAAAUGUGCGGUGUAUGUGUGCUCACUGUAUGUCCAUCUGUAAUAUCCCAGAGACUGGUCACAUUUACCCGUUGUACUGGGCUUCCGGUGGUUCCUCCUGGUCAGUGUUUGCUAAAACAGCAUCAUAGCCUUAUUUUUAACAAUCUAUUAAACUCAGUUUCAUGGAGAA